UCCGCUCACGGCAGUGCUGGAGGAAGAGAGCAGCUCGCGGCUGGGGUCCGAGAAGCGAAUUCAGGACCUUGGAGAGAAGCGGUGCCGAGGACCCCCUUUCAGCCAAGGGAACUACUACAUGCUCAUAGUGAUCGGAGAGAUAGCGACAGACCACCAGCUGCAACGCGCCAGAGACCACUUAGAGCGGGGGAUCCGCUCCUGGGACGUCAGCCUCAAGUCAUGUGAUCUGGACCAUCAGCUGCAGCUGUUUGUGACGCGUCACUCCGCACAGUUCUCCGCAGAGGUUAGAGGACAACGGACUCUCCACCACAAAAGUGAUGUCCUAGAGACUGUGGUGUUAGUCAACCCAUCCGAGGAUACGGUUGCUUUAGAGAUCCAGUCUCUUGUCACAGACUCAGCAGGACAUAAGCUCUUGGUCCUGAGUGGGCAGAACUCAGACCACGGGGACCUGCUUCUCCAAAGUGGGGUUUUCACCUAUCAGAGCUUCUCACAAGUCUUUGCUGAUCCUGGGGUCAGUGAUUUGCUGGGCGAAGCGGCCCCCGAGCAGCGGGCCACACUCACUGUGUCCUGCCGAGCGGAGGUGGGUUGGAGCUCCCUGGGUCAGCAGCAGCACUUACGGGAGUUCCUUGAGUACAGACUGAACCCUGAGCCUGUGCUCCCCAAGAUGGAGGGAGUCACAGAGUUCACGGAGUACAUCUCCGAGACGGUAGACGUGCCUUCGCCCUUUGACCUCCUGGAGCCGCCCACAUCUGGAGGCUUCCUGAAACUGUCCAGGCCCUGCUGCUAUGUCUUCCCUGGGGGGAGGGGCGACUCGGCCCUGUUUGCGGUCAAUGGCUUCAACAUCCUAGUGGAUGGAGGCUCUGAAAGGAAAUCAUGCUUCUGGAAGUUGGUCAGACACUUGGACCGCAUCGACUCGAUUUUACUCACUCACAUUGGCGCAGACAAUCUGCCAGGCAUCAACGGGCUUCUUCAAAGGAAAAUAGCAGAGCAGGAGGAGGAACAGUCACAAGGCUCUGCUAGCUACAGCGACUGGAUGAAGAACCUGAUCUCUCCAGAGCUUGGUGUGAUCUUCUUCAAUGUACCCGAGAAGCUACGUAUGCCAGAAUCAAACCUAAAGGUCAAGCGUAGCAUCGAGGAGGCCUCACUCACGUUGCAGUACCUCAACAAACUGGGAAUCAAGCCGGAGCCUCUCUGUAGACUGGUCAGUAACCCUAUUGAGCCUUUAACUCUUUUCCAUAAGAUGGGAGUGGGCAAGUUAGACAUGUAUGUUCUGAACCCCGUCAAGGACAGUAAGGAGAUGCAGUUUCUCAUGCAAAAGUGGGCGGGUAACAGCAAGGCCAAAACUGGCAUUGUGCUCCCCAAUGGAAAAGAGGGAGAAAUAUCCGUACCUUACCUGACGUCAGUUACAGCAUUAGUCGUCUGGCUUCCUGCCAAUCCUGCAGAAAAGAUUGUCAGAGUGCUGUUCCCUGGAAACGCACCACAAAACAAAAUCCUGGAGGGCCUGGAGAAAUUAAAGCACCUUGACUUCUUGCGAUACCCAGUAGCCACACAAAAAGACAUUGCCUCAGGAGCUCCACCUGCUGUUGUAAAACAGACAAAGCUGAAGCAAAGGACAGACAGCAAAGAGAGUCUCAAAUCAUCUCCCAAGACUACCAAAUCCCCAAAGAAAGAAGCAGACGAUGAGGUUUCGGUGACCACAGAGGCAAAGAGUGACUCUGUGAAGGAAGGUAGGAAACUGGUAGAGAAUGAAAAACCCACAAAAAUACUAAAAUCCAAGACUGAUGGACCAGAAAAUAAAAAACUUUUGAAGGAGAAAUCCUUGAGAAAACACUCAAAGGAAAAGGCAUCCAAGAUGGAUGAGAAAAAAGACAAGGAAAAGAAAGAGAUCAAACAUGUCAAGAAAGAUGACGCAGCUAAAAAAGAAGACAAAAAAAAAGACCCCAAAGUUGACAAGAAAAAGGACACAUCCAAACCAGAGUUGAGAAAGAUAACAAAACCUGACCUAAAACCCCUCACACCAGAGGUCAGAAAGACCCUGCACAGGGCAAAAGCGUCAAGUAAACCCAAAACCGACAAAAGCAAAGUCAAAACGGCCAAGGCAGAGCCUGCUGAACCCAAAUCUGAGGAACUAGCAGCAGAUACCAUUCAGCCUGAGCCAUUACAGAAUGGGGCUGUUGAGGGCAUGUCUGCUUCCUCCACUCCAGAGGAUCUUACCAAGCCACCAGAGAGUGCAGUGGAGACACCAGCAGAAGAAAGCAUGACCGAAUCCCCUACCCAGGAGGAGGAGAAAGAACAGGAAACUGUCUCUCAAACUCCAACGGGCACAAAGUCACCUGAGAAAGGAGCAGCCACAACAAUGGGAUAUGAGACUGAAUCUCAAAGAAAAGAGGACAAAUUAGCACAAGAGCAUAAAGAAGAAUUUAAAGCACAGGAUGUGGAUAUUUAUGAGGAUGAGGGAGCUGCCAUUGAGGACGAUGAGGUGGAGGAAAAAGAAGGCCUGAUAGCAGAGAGGAAAAUGGUAGAGGAAGAGGAAGAUAUGGGGAUAGGGGAGGAGGAAGAGGAAGGAGAAGAUAACAGACUAGACAGGAAACAUGAGGUGGAGGAAAUGGAGAAAGCUGAAAAGCCCACAGCUAUGGCUAAAGAGGAAAGCAGAAGGCCUUCAUCCCAGGAGGAGGAAGAGGAAGAUGAAGAUGUUGUUGAAAAGGCCGAGCUGGAAGAGGUAGAAGACUUAGACGUGAUAGCUGAUGAAGAGGUCAAAGACCAACCUGAAGCGGGAGAGAAAGAAACAUCGGCUAAGGACUGGGAAAGCAAAGCAGUCGAACAGACUGCUGGAGCCAAAGAGGAGGAUGAGGAAGAUGAGGAAGGCUACAUCUCAAAUGUUGGAGGCGCUACAGCCGACAUAGUAUCAACACUGCAAGGAGCCGCUGCUGCCGAGCCCAUCUCCUUCAUUCAAGACGAAACCAUUCCCGGUUACUCCGAAACUGAACAGACCAUCUCGGAUGAGGAGAUUCACGAGGAGGCGGAAGACAGGAUACCACACCUCCAAUACGAAGUGGGUACAUAUGACAUCUCUGUCCCAGAUCAGACAGGCUCCUUGGACACCAUCCACAGGAUGAAGGAGAUGCAAGCAGCAGCUAUGGCUGAUGUAACAACCAAAGGUUUCAUGAGUGGACAGGAGCAAGUAUCAGUAUUCACUAACAUCAUGUCUGCUCCCUUGGCAGAGGAAGAACUUGUUUCCUCAGCCACAUCCAUCACGGAGUAUGAUAAAUUGUCCUCCUUUCCUACCUCUAUUGCAGAGGACCAAUUGGUUACUCCCGUCACUACACCUCAGACUGAGGAAACGGGCAAAAGCUCACUGGUUAACGAUACUGUUAACAGCGUUCCAAUGGCAAUUCCAACCGAGGCCACACAUGGGAAAGAACACUUCCACUCUGCUGGGACCAUCUCACCAACAUCCUCCUUGGAGGACGACAAGUGCUUAAAGUCACCUCCAUCUGAGGAGUGCCUUCCGGUUGUUUCUGAUGUGAAGACUGAGGAUAAGGUCAUCAAGGCUCACGAUGAAGAGGAAGAAGAAGAAGACCAAACUCCUAACGUUGACAUUUCACGUGAAAAACUACAGGAGAGUUUUGCCUCUCCUCAAAUGUUCCAGGAUAGAGAAAGGGAUGUGGAAAAGCUCCCUGCCUCUGAGUCUCGUGUCUCCAAACCUGUUCAGGAUUUGAAGCUGGAUCAACCACCAGUUGAUGAGGAGCUACAGCUCUUUAAGUCCAAAGAAGACAUCUCAACGGCAGUGCCUCCAAAACCCCUUUCACCUCCACCCUCUUUCUCAAAGCCAUUUAGGUCAGACUCAGUUACUUCAGAAGGUGAAGAGCGGUGCUUCAGUCCAGACGAUAGCACUGUGAAAAUGGCCUCUCCCACACAGUCUGGACCUCCCAGUGCAACCCACUCUCCUCUUCAUCAGUCGCCUGUGGAAGAAAAGACCAAGGGCUUCCCAGGACUGGAGCAUCAAACACAGGAGGACGUUCAUGAUACAGCCACCAAAACAGACGAUGAGGAUGCGAAGAAAGAUCAAGAAGAUAAUAAGGAAAAACUAGAUGCUGACAUCCAGAAAGACAGUCAACGUGAGUCAGAUGCACCACCAUCUGGGGAGAAAUCAUUUGAACAAGACUUGGCGGUUACAAAAGUGGAAGAAAAAGAUGGUCUCUCCGCUUCCACAGAUGAGAUCCCACUGAAACCGGAGACAAUUCCUUUUCCCUCUGAGUCGGUCACAACGAAAGACGAAGUUUCCUUAUUAGGAAAGGAAUCUUUACGGGAAGACAUUUCUAGUGGUGAGGCUAUACUCGGACACGGUGACGAGGAAGAUGAUGAUGACCAUCAAGAGAAAGAAUCCAAAGUGUGCAGUAAGGCUAAAUUCCCAAAGGAGAAGGAGAGUAGCUUCUUAGAUGAUGACGAUGGUGAUGAUGAUGAUGAUGAUGAUGAUACUUCUGAUGUAAAACCCAUAAAACAGGACAUGAAGGAGAAAGAGACAGAAAAGCAUGACACACACGAGGCUGAAACCACCAAAGAAGGUAAAGAAACAGAAAAGGUUGGUACCACUGAAGCUGAACCCAUCAAGGAAGAUACAGAUUCGAAAGUGAAGGAAAAAUGUGAUAUUCAUGAAGUUGAACCCAUCAAGGAACAGAAGAAAGAAACAGAAAAGGUUGGUACUACUGAAGCUGAACCCAUCAAGGAAGAUAAGAAAGUAACAGAAAAGGUUGGUGCUACUGAAGCUGAAUCCAUCAAUGAACAGAAGAAAGAAACAGAAAAGGUUGGUGCUACUGAAGCUGAAUCCAUCAAUGAACAGAAGAAAGAAACAGAAAAGGUUGGUACUACUGAAGCUGAACCCAUCAAGGAACAGAAGAAAGAAACAGAAAAGGUUGGUGCUACUGAAGCUGAAUCCAUCAAGGAAGAUAAGAAAGUAACAGAAAAGGUUGGUACUACUGAAGCUGAAUCCAUCAAGGAAGAUAAGAAAGUAACAGAAAAGGUUGGUGCUACUGAAGCUGAACCCAUCAAUGAAGAUAAGAAAGUAACAGAAAAGGUUGGUGCUACUGAAGCUAAAUCCAUCAAGGAAGAUAGAGAUACUUGUGGGGCCGAGCUCAUCAAGGAGAAGUGUGAACCUCUGAAAGAAGAGAAACAGAAAGAAAUAGAGACUAUAUUAACUUCUAAAGAUGAGCUAAGCUCUUGUAUCUCUACCUCUAAAGUGGAGCCAGCCUCAGACUCCACCACAACACAACAAAUAGUACAAGAGAAAGAUACCUUUGUUGCUGAAGCCAUGAAAGAUGAGACGAAAGAAAAGGAUACCUUUGACACUGAACCGAUAAGAGAAGAUAAAAUAGAAAAAGAGCGAGAUACUCUUGUCAGUGAACCGACGGAAGAAGAGCACAGAGAGAAAGAGAAGGGUGAUACAUGCAUGGCUGAAUCCACCCAGGGGGAGAAUAAAGAAAAGUAUCAUUCUUUUGAGAUUGAAGUCAGUCAGGAAGAGAACAUGGAGAAAGAGAAAGAUUAUACUCAUGUGGCUGAUGUCAGUAAAGAACGGAAGAUGGAAAAUGAGCAAGAGAAAGAAGAUACUAGUGAUUUCGAAGACGUCAAAGAUGAGAAAGAUAGAGAUGAACGUUAUGAAGCUGAACCCAUCAGAGAGGAAAGAGAGAAAGAUAGAGAUGAACGUUAUGAAGCUGAACCCAUCAGAGAGGAAAGAGAGAAAGAUAGAGAUGAACGCUAUGAAGCUGAACCCAUCAAAGGAGAGGAAAGAGAGAAAGAUAGAGAUGAACGCUAUGAAGCUGAACCCAUCAAAGGAGAAGAAAGCGAGAAAGAUAGAGAUGAACGUUAUGAAGCUGAACCCAUCAAAGGAGAGGAAAGCGAGAAAGAUAGAGAUGAACGUUAUGAAGCUGAACCCAUCAAAGGAGAGGAAAGCGAGAAAGAUAGAGAUGAACAUUAUGAAGCUGAACCCAUCAAAGGAGAAGAAAGCGAGAAAGAUAGAGAUGAGCGUUAUGAAGCUGAACCCAUCAGAGAGGAAAGAGAGAAAGAUAGAGAUGAACGUUAUGAAGCUGAACCCAUCAGAGAGGAAAGAGAGAAAGAAAAUGAAACAGCUGACAAAGUCAAAGAUGAGAAGAGCAAGGAAGAGACAGAAAAAUAUGAUUCUCAUGAGAUUGAACCUGCUAAAGAGGAGGAAGAGGAGAUGCAAGAGAAAGAUCUACGAGAGGCCUUACAGCGCACCACACAGACAAGAACGGUAGAGAAACUAGAGGUGACGUCUGCGACAAAGCUUGAGUCUACAUUUCAGGUUCAGUACUCAGAUGGAGAUGAGGAGGAGGAAGAGGAAGAUGAAUCAAUUUGUAUGGCUGGUGCAGGCUCAAGACCUUUAUCAGUGGAACCUAGACAAUCAGAGCACGACAUCAUGUCUCAACAUCUGCCCUCAACUCAGCCAUCAGAGAAUGUGCUUAGUGACCAAACGAAGGACCGCCACUCUGAACAGACCACUGGGCUUGCGUCCUCAUCACCGAAACGGGAGGCCUCUCCUGAUAAAGACAUCAAAGAGCAGCAUAAAGAAGGACAACAUAGACUCUCCCCUGAACUAGAAAAGGACACCAGGACAACUGAGACCACAUCAGGACCCCAUCUCAGCCAAGAGCCCACCAUUGCUUUCCCUACCAUGAAAGAGGAUCCAGUCUCUGCUAUCUCUACCACUAAAAAAGAACCAGUCUCAGACUCCAUCACUACAGACAGCCAGGCAAUAAGUUCAACACUAUCAAGCACCGAUAGCCAGGCUAUAAGUUUAGCACUAUCAAGUACCGAUAGCCAGGCUGUAAGUUUAGCACUAUCAAGCACCGAUAGCCAGGCUGUAAGUUUAGCACUAUCAAGCACCGAUAGCCAGGCUGUAAGUUUAGCAUCAAGCACCGAUAGCCAGGCUGUAAGUUCAGCACUAUCAAGCACCGAUAGCCAGGCUGUAAGUUUAGCACUAUCAAGCACCGAUAGCCAGGCUGUAAGUUCAACUCUAUCAAGCACCGAUAACCAGGCUAUAAGUUCAACACUAUCAAGCACUGAUAGCCAGGCUAUCAGUUUAGCACUAUCAAGCACCGAUAGCCAGGCUAAAAGUUCAACACUAUCAAGCUCUGACAGCCAGGCUAAAAGUUCAACACUAUCAAGCGCUGACAGCCAGGCUGUAAGUUCAACACUAUCAAGUGUUGACAGCCAGGUUGUAAGUUCAACACUAUCAAGCGCUGAAAGCCAGGCUGUAAGUUACACUCUCUCGAGCACCGAUAGCCAGGCUGUAAGUUCCACUCUCUCAAGCACCGAUAGCCAGGCUGUAAGUUCCACUCUCUCAAGCGUUGACAGCCAGGCUGUAAGUUCCACUCUCUCGAGCACCGACAGCCAGGCUGUAAGUUCCACUCUCUCGAGCACCGACAGCCAGGCUAUAAGUUCCACUCUCUCGAGCACCGAUAGCCAGGCUGUAAGUUCCACUCUCUCAAGCACCGAUAGCCAGGCUGUAAGUUCCACUCUCUCAAGCGUUGACAGCCAGGCUGUAAGUUCCACUCUCUCAAGCACCGACAGCCAGGCUGUAAGUUCCACUCUCUCGAGCACCGACAGCCAGGCUGUAAGUUCCACUCUCUCAAGUGUUGACAGCCAGGCUGUAAGUUCCACUCUCUCGAGCACCGACAGCCAGGCUGUAAGUUCCACUCUCUCGAGCACCGACAGCCAGGCUGUAAAUUCCACUCUCUCGAGCACCGACAGCCAGGCUGUAAGUUCCACUCUCUCAAGUGUUGACAGCCAGGCUGUAAGUUCCACUCUCUCGAGCACCGACAGCCAGGCUGUAAGUUCCACUCUCUCGAGCACCGACAGCCAGGCUGUAAGUUCCACUCUCUCAAGCACCAACAGCCAAGCUGUAAGUUCCACUCUCUCGAGCACCGAUAGCCAGGCUGUAAGUUCCACUCUCUCGAGCACCGACAGCCAGGCUGUAAGUUCCACUAUCUCGAGCACCGAUAGCCAGGCUGUAAGUUCCACUCUCUCGAGCACCGAUAGCCAGGCUGUAAGUUCCACUCUUUCGAGCACCGAUAGCCAGGCUGUAAGUUCCACUAUCUCGAGCACCGACAGCCAGGCUGUAAGUUCCACUAUCUCGAGCACCGAUAGCCAGGCUGUAAGUUCCACUAUCUCGAGCACCGACAGCCAGGCUGUAAGUUCCACAAUCUCAAGCACCGAUAGCCAGGCUGGUGUGGAGGAAUCCCCCCAGCAUGAAACACUGCUGCCUUCUAUGACAACAAGCAAAGAAGCAUCUAAUACGGAUGAAAAGGCGAAGCAUUGUUCUCAAAAAGGAGAGGAGAAACCAGGCAAGGAAGCUGAGAGGGAAUUGGAAACAGAGCGGGAAGUUGCUUCCCCGGGACACACACAACCUUGUUCAUAUUUUCUCUUGGAUAAAGAUUCUGCGAAGUUUCCGGAGGAAGUGGGCCACAUUGAUGCUACAAAAGCAGACAGUGCCUCUGAAAAUGUGGAAGGUUUUGACAAAAUGAGAACAGAGAAGGAGGCGAUCGGUGUGAGCUUGCAAGAAGAAAAUCAGGGCUUUGGCAUGUCUAAGUAUGAACCCUAUGAAAAACCCAUUUCGAAAGAAGAGGCAUCAGACAAUAAAGAAGACAGUGAGGUUUCUAGAGAAUUUGAUCGGUCAGCACAUAUUGGCGUUGAUGAUAACAGGAGAACUAGGCAGGCAGACGCUGGUGCAGCUGAAUUCGACUCAGAGGACGAGGAAAAAGAGGAACCGCUGUCAUUCAGUAGCGUUGAUUACACUCCCCCACGUUUCACAGAGAGCGAGAGAAGCCCCAGUUGUAGCCCAAGUGCCUUCCCUGAACACAAUGACAAAGAGAAAGGUCAAGAAGAAGAGAGUGAUAGGAAGGAGGGACAUGCUACACCACACGUGGAAAACAGCUUUGCAUAUUCAGAGACUCAAGACAACAAAACCACCCCAGCAGAGCCAUGCUCAUUACCUUUCAAUCUCAAAGAAGAUAAACCUGAAAAAGUUGAGAAAGAUGAAAUGAAGGACGAUGCCUGGUCGGCCCCUCAAACAUCUACAGGAGAGACGGACAAGACUGGAGCAUCUCCUAGUAUAGAGGAGUAUCUGCCAGUCCAGUCAGGCAGAAAGGAAACAGCCUCUCUGUCAUGGGGCCAAUCCAACCUUGGUGCCCAAGCCUCAGCUACUGCCAUGCUUUUUGAAGACAUCCCUGAGAAGCAGACAACAGAGAAGGAAAAAGAUGAGCCAGUGAAAGACAAGUUGGAUUCAUCUGAUAGUGAGCGAGGAGACUCUCCCUCUGGUCGCUACUCACCAGCGGAGAAAGACAUGUUACAUCGUCAAGUUUCGCCUAAGGAAAAAGAAAAUCAGGCUACUGCUGCCCCCCUGGCCGCGUACUCAGGACAUCUCAUAGACGAUAAUGUUCUUGCAUCUGAGUACACUCAAAUUGGCAGCUCUAUCACCAGUAAAUCUACAAUGGGCUAUUCUGAGAGAGAAGACACUCCGGACAGUGUAUAUAAGAGGCUACUGGUGGUGGGAGAGGAUUAUGAUGAUGAUGACGAUGAUGAUGAUGAUGAUGAUGAUGAUGAAGAUGAGGACGGUGAAGAUGCGGAGGAAGAAGAAGAAGAAGCCAGUGAUCUAGAUGUGGAGAAGGGUGCAAGAGAGCAGUCUGAAAAAGAAAUCUGUAAAACGACAUCGGAUGAUACCACACCUUCUAAACUUCUUGUUACAGAAGAAGAGGACAAGAAGGCCCUCUCACUCGAACCCAACCUCCUCAAAAAGGAGGAACCUACCCAUUCAAUGACCACAAUCUGCCCUCCACUGGUAGAUACUGCAGAUUCCCUUUUGAAGAAUGUAGUUGGUGCCUCGCCACUCCAGUCUGGCAGUUCCACUGCAAUAGAACAAACAGGAUCUGGAGGAUAUCCUUCUGAAUCCUCAGAGUUUUCUGAGGACAGCCAGCUGGGGUUAAAGGAGGAGAGGUUUGACAGUCCUGACCUAUCUCUGCCCACCAAGUCUAGUGAAGAUAAACAUUACAGUCAGGGAGACAUUGAAGCUGAGAGGCAGCGAAGCCCAGAUACCGCUAGUCGAAAACCAGAGGAAGCUCUUUCGUCUUACCUCCCAUCUGCCUCAGCUUCUCUAUCAACCAGCCACCAGUUACGAGAGGAGGUAGAGAGUCCCGUCACAGUGUCUAGUGCCCCCUACAGGACAGAUUCUGAGGUUGCUUCCUUUGAGUAUUCUUCAUUCAAAGAUGAAGAAUCCUCAGUCAAGCACUCAAUUCUCUCAACCUCAAGGGUAAUACUAAAAGAGGAGUACCUAGAAGCCUCUGAAAAGCUUACCUCAACAACUACACCUACAUUCAGUCUGACACAAGUCUCUCCAGUCUUACCUACUCCAGCCAAAGACACUAUUCAACAAGACACAUCAUCAAGCCAUAAAAUGGACAAGGGUCAGACCUCUGAUACCUUUCAUAAACUUGAGGGCAUUGUUGAAACCAAAACCAUGCCUGCUUCAGAACCAUUAAGUUCCCAGCUGUCCAAACCCGCUGAAACCAUAUCCACUUCAAGGGCUCUCUUUGAUGUUUCCCCAUUGCAAAGAGCUGACUCUCCUGACAGAGAAUCCCAGGGCUCACUGGACAGCAAAGAGUCCUACACUCUUCCAUGCCCCAUUGAAUGCCAGAAAUCUUCAGUGACAGAGCAAAAAGAAGGCAUGCUGUCCAUAACUGAGACACACAUGGCCACCAUCGUCUCCAGUACAACCACAACAGUGACCCAAUCUGAUGUGGUGACAAAACCACAGGAGUCAAAUGAAGCCUCUUCCAAUGGGCCUACUGAGGUUCGCACAAGUGCCCAAGAAGUCUUCAGUGAAGCAAGCAAAGCCUCUUGUGCCACAAUGUCAGAUCUACCUAAAUCUGAUCUGCUUAAAUCUGAUCAGAAAAAGGAGGAAGAAGAAGAAGAAGAAGAAGAAGAGACAAAGAAAGAGAAAGAUAAGAUGGAAAUGAAAGUGGAGGAGAAGAAAGAGAGCAAAGUAGAGACCCUAAAGGAGGACAAGGAAAUGCCAGAGCAAAAGGAUAAGGAGAAGAAAGAGAUGGCUGGAGAGAAGGAAAAGGUAGAGGAAAAGCAAUUGGAGGAGAAAGACGGGAAGGAGGAGGAGAAGAAAGACCAGACUGAUGAGGAGAGUGAAAAGGAGAAGGAGAGGAAAGAGGGAGAGAAAGAGAAAGUAGAGGAUAAAAAAGCAGAGAAACAGGAAGAGAAGACGUCCGAAAGGAGAAGGAGUAGCUUAUCUGACUGGGAACUCCUACAAGGGCCGGGCGCAUGCCCAAGCGCCCCUCCAGGCUAUGAAGAUGACAGGGAAGAGGAGGAGGAAGCGUACGAAACGGAAGAAGCAGAAGAAGCAGAGGAAGAAUAUGGCGAAGAAGAAUGCGUAGCUCCAGGCCAGCCCACCCCUCUGUCCACAGCAGAACAUGCCCACCAAACAAAGGCAUCUGCCAAAACAGAUGGAGUAUCCAGUCGUCCCACUGACCUGCAUAUGGAGGCUACCUCCUCGUCCCCUCCUAGCUACUCCUCAUGUGAAUACAAACACCGCAAAGGAGAAAUCUCCCCAUCCUUCAUCAACCCCAGUCCACACGCCCUCUCCAGCGAUGAUGGCGAAGAGGACAAAGGGAGCGACCACUCUCUUGAGGGGGAUGAAGACGACCGCGAGCAACACUCGGUCAAGAGGAGGUCUCACAAGCAGAAGCGACAUCUCACUCAAUGUGGAGCUACUGGAGCAGGGGAGGGGUCGCAACCAGUUUCCAUGCCUCCUGGUGGCAUGGCAACUGGACUCGGGGUGGUGCUAGCUGGAGAGGAGACGCCCCCCACAUCAGUGAGCGACUCAUUAGCUUCGCAGUCUGACUCAGACGUACCUCCAGAGACCGAGGAGUGCCCAUCGAUUACAGCAGAGGGAAACCUGGACUCAGACGAAGAUGCAGAACACCUGCCGGUGGACAAACUAUCUGCAUCUGCCACCGGAGGGGGCCAUCAACCCCCCUCGCCCAGAUCAGCUGCGAAGGCCCACGACCCCCUACCUGCCCCUAUGAAGGACCCCCUCCCACACCCGCCACACCCUGACGUGUGCAUGGUGGACCCAGAGGCCCUCUCUAACGACCAGAGCAGCACGGAGAAACUUCUCAAGAAGGAUCACAAGACAACCAAGAGCCUGCGGAAGGGCCUGGGCAAGCCUAAGUCUGCGUCCCCAGCCCGGAAGGGGAAGAGGUCCACCACCCCUGUGAAGCAGACCUCCAAGGACUCCUCGCCUCGAUCGGCCUCUCUGAGAAGGAGGGACACGGAAAGGAGCUCCAGGCUGACGCAGAAGUCCGAGGGCCUGGGAUCCAAGGGGGACCUACACGCUCCAGGGAAAGGCCUGGUGAACGGCGUCAAGAGUAAUUUGGGUACCAACUCCCAGAAAUCUAGUUCAGCCGUCCCCCCUGGGCCUCCAAUCUAUGUGGACCUGGCCUACGUGCCCAACCACUGCAGUGCCAAGAAUGUGGACCAGGAGUUCUUCAAGCGGGUGCGUGCUGCGUACUACGUGGUGAGCGGCAACGACCCGGCCGGUGGAGAGCCUAGUCGUGGUGUCCUGGAUGCCCUUUUGGAAGGCAAGGCCACAUGGGGCUCCAAUCUACAGGUGACUCUGAUCCCUACUCAUGACACGGAGGUGACACGGGACUGGUACCAGCAGACGCACGAGAAACAGCAGGACCUGAACAUCAUGGUCUUGGCCAGUAGCAGCACAGUGGUCAUGCAGGAUGAGUCCUUCCCUGCCUGCAAGAUUGAGUUCUAAAUUCUGCACCCGUUGCUAUGUUACCUUCCUCUUCCUCAUCCGUGCUACUCUUUAUCCUCCCAUAUGUAAGACUCCAUUGCAUUUGCUGUCGUCUUCGGCAUGUGCACUGGCUUCAAACUGGUCAAUGUUAUCUGAUAACAGCCAGCUACGGUAUGUCAGGCAGAAACAUAGCUAAAGUACAGGGUACAUGGUAGCUGUACAAAGGUGUGAUGUAUAUUUGUUUCAAUUAUGCUUUCCAUUUAAACAACAUACUUGCACGAUAAAAACACCUCUUUAUUAGAUUCGGUCUUAAACAACAUUGUUUUUUUUUUCCUUCACAUAUAACCUCUCCAACGUGCACAUAUUGUGAUCACGCACAUCAUCUGUGAUGAGGAUAAUUCUCAAAAGUUAUUUCAGCUUUCAAAUCACUGUACUGCACCUCAAAUCCACAUCUAAAUGGACAACACUUUCCAACUAAAAGUGCUAUCUUUACAAUGUAUCGAUUGGUCUCGCGUUGUUGGGGCGUCUAGUGCCUAAUGCUCCAUUUAAGAUUGUCCACAGUUAUGUCACAUUCAACAUAUGAAACUUCAACACUCUUACUUAUUGUCUUAAACUCAACAGAGAAAUACAAAAUGAAAAUAAAAUGUAGAAAUUGCUUAUCCAAAGGGCCAAAGUAAGUGCCAAAACAGUCUUGAGGUAAGACAGGGGCUGUGUCCCAAAUCUGUCUUGCCUACUACUUCCCUAAACAGUAUACUGCGUACUAAUUGAUCUACAUACUACAAUGUACUUAGUAAACAAAAAUUAUGCAGCAAGCAACAAAUAUCAACAUGAUGCGAAGGCAUCAAACAUGUUGUCGCACUUGUUCCCCCGUCAUCUGUUCAUUUUUUUUGUAAAGCACAUCUGAUUAUCAGCUGGUGUCGAACCAGCGCGGGUGUGAAAAAACACUUCCUCAAUAGUGUGUAGUAAAUUCUACCAGAGGAACAGCCUAAAUAAGUAUGACAUCUAGGCAUUUCAUGAAUACUCGUUUUAUCGAAAUUUCACAUACUCAAACGGCCUACUAUUUAGGAUGCAAGUAUGGAUAUUCGGACACGGGCAGUUGUUAACGCUCUGCAAAAUAAGUCGAAAACCGUUACGAGAUGAACAGUUACUUGAUCUCGCUUGUACGCAGACUACGCACAAUGUUGUAUAAUGGUAGUAGCUUUCGUAAGUCUCCUUAAUCAGACUACGAAUAAUGUUGUAUAAUGGUAGUAGCUUAGUAAGUAUCCUAAAUUGAGGCUUUGUUUUCGAUAUAUAAGACAUUACUCCUGUUCGGAGAUAUUACGUAAGAUGCAGCUCUAGAUGCUGUACCAUUUGACUUUCUCAGUACUCUUAACUACGUCAACUGGUGUUACAGAGGACUAUUACCACAUUGCUUGUCGUGAAGCUUUAGGAGGGGCCUGAAAGUGCUACUUUCAGUUUAAAUAACUAGCUAGCUUUUAUGAAUUAUUAUUUUCCUCGGUAGCUGAAGCAUGAUUCUUGCAUUUAGCUCAGACUCCUCCCUCGAGGAAGUAGAGUUUUUUUUUUUUUUUUUUUGCCUGUGUGUCUAGUCCUUGCAGUCUCCAAGUAGGGAGUAGCCUAUAAACAUGUUCCAAUACCUUACCGUUUGGCUGUGUGUUUGCUAAAAUGAACAUUACACUGUAGGCACCGGGCAAAGAGAUGGUUCUCUUGUAUUUGCUAUAUUUGUGCUGGAUAUAAUGGUUCUUUAUCAAUAUGUGAAGCAGUGGAGGCUGCUGAGGGGAGGGACGGCUCAUAAUAAUGGUCGGAACAGAGUGAAUGGAAUGGCAUCAAACACCUGGAAACAAUGGAAACCAUGGAAACAAAGUGUUUGAUGUAUUUGAUAACAUUCCACUGAUUCCGCUCCAGUCGUCACCACGAGCCAGUCGUCCUGUGAUCUGAAGCCAUUAUCGUGGUCUUUGUUGGUAUGUUGAUAUGUUGAUACAUGGAGAGAUUGUGUUAUAACACAUUAGAGGAGGAUGUUUAAGUGAAUGCAGCUGACUGGUUGAGACAGAGGCAACCGAGAUGAAUGUAUUACGUUUGAUGUUUUCUCCCGUUUUCAGUUAAAUUAUACUGUCUGAAUGAAACUAUUUAAUGAAUUGAUGGAAACUGUAUCGAUUUUCCGUGGCGAAUGUAGCCAUUAGAGUCUACUGGAAACAAUGGAAACCAUGGAAACAAUGUGUUUGAUGUAUUUGAAUGUAGCCAUUAGAGUCUACUCCGUCCCACUAAGACAUGGUUGUGUGGAGGUUGUGUGAGUGUUCUUGUGGGGGGGGGGGGGGGGGGGGGACAUGACUGCGGUGGUAGACAAUCGCUCUCAUGUGUCUUCUGGUUGGGGUAUAUUGGUCAAGUGAGAAGGGUUACUUUUAUAGUAGGCAUUGUGGAGAGGGGAACCUGGAUCCAGGGAUAACACAAUAAACUGUGGAGAGGAACCUGGAUCCAAGGAUAACACAAGAAACUGUGGAGAGGGGAGCACUUUAGAAUAUCAAACAAAUCCAUAGUUGUUGUCCAGGAAUAGUGCAUCUAGUCUGAUCCAUGUGGAUGGAUGCUGUAUCCUGUAUACACACAGUUGGUAGGCGAAAAUGUCAUUAGCCAGCUUAGCCAGCACAUUUAGCCAGCACAUUUUAGAUUCAGUUUCUUAUCAGUUUAUUGCUGGUUAGCAUUUGUCCCCUAUCUUAAAGUGCCGCCCAGAAAAUGCAUCAGACAAUAACGUUGUCAAAGAGCAAGAAUGCACUUUUCAAAGGGGAGAAGAGGAGCUUAGGAGUGGGGCUGUGGUUCUAGUGAGAGAAGCACACACGUUAUUUACAUUUUUAUUCAGCGUUCUUUACCAUAACGUGGACUAUGGUAGCCUUUUGAUUUUAGAAUAGGUGGCUAGAGCAAACGCUCCAUACUGUAUGUGAAGACGUUCCAACAAUAACGCAAGGUAGAUAUUUAUCUAAUAAAAAAUUAAAUAAUACACUUUUCAGCCCUAAGAUCAUAUGUAUGAAACGAACAUGAAUGUGAUGUUGUCGAUUUGUAGUGGAUAGAGAUGUGGCACGUGCACCACAGGUCUUACGAGUAGAAGGACGUUUUGUGUUGUACGUGCUUGAGUGACACACACAGAGAGACGGGGACAACAACAGUGUGUGUCUUAAAAGUGACCGUUUGCGCUGGGUAAUCAGAGGUGGAGAUACUUACUAUGUCGCACUGCUCAUCGGAACUCCUUACAAAACGUGAUUCAGAUUUGCAUUAAAUUCCAUAAAGAUUAUAGAGUCAGUUUUUGAUAGUUUUGCGUUUUAUUGUACUUUUCUGGUAGUUAAUUUUGUAGUUUUAUUAGUUAAAUUUAAUUCAUGAAUAAAUUAUCAGUAUUAGAUUUUUUUAUUUUUAUUGAUUUGAAUUGUUUUUCAAUAUUUCAGUUACAUGUAGAAUUAACAAUUAUGAUUGUCUCUUUUGUUUACAUUUCUUAGACUGUAUUUUUGAAAAGACUGGCUAAAAAUGUAUUUUAUAAUAAGCAUGUGAUUUUCAGCAUUCGUUUUUUGCUUAGUGAUUCUCAUAUGUAAGGUGUUUCUGUUUAGAGCUGCUGUGUUGUGUGUUUGGGGCUCCUGGCUUGAGGCCAGAGAGAGUGGAUUGGGUUGGGCAGGCAGAGGUUGCUGGAGAGUCUGUCUAUGACUCAUAGUCUGUAGACGGACAGACAUCCUUUACAUCGAACUGCAAGAGGAACGUUCUCUCCCUCUAUUGGAUCCAGAACCUAACAGAGUCUCCUCUUAGGCUAAACCCAUAAAGGCACUGUCUGUAGCCAUCUUGCACUAGCCUGAGAACAGUGCCAUCUUUGUCUGUUUUUUUUCUGAACUUACUCAAAUGUACGCUGCUAUAAUAGGCUGCAGGACAGCUUCCCCCAGGUCUGUUCCUAGCCCGGCCCACUCUCUGACUAGCAACGCGGCAGAGCCAGCCGGACUCGCGGCUCCGGCUGAAUGGUUUCUUUCAGUAUUAUUGAGAUACUCAAUUUUGUUAGCUUUAGAGUCAGUAUGCUUGUCAUGUUGAUUAAUAGGAAGGUCAGAAUAGCUGCUACGCUGAGUGAGAGCAUCUCUAUCCCCCGGAGGAUAGAGAUGGAGGAUCAAAUAGCUGUGUAUGAGCAACUACAUUUCCCGGGAUAGAGGGGCCACACUAAGCCUAUGACAGGUAGUCAGUGAAGGUAUAUAUACAUGGCUUUGGAUAUAUUACAAUGUCGUCACAAACUACUGUUUCUAAACGGAUCAUAUCAAUCUAAGUCUCUCUACCCCUUUUUGGCACUCUAUGGCAGGUACAGAUCUAGUACAGGGAAGGUAAGGGGGAAAUCUGAACCAGGCUCAAGAUUGGCUGUUUAACGUAUACUGUCUAUGACAUGGGUUUUCUGAAUGGGCUGAUAUGGUGUAUUGUCCUCAAGUCUGACUUAAGUCUGAGUUUUGUUUUAAGUUGUGGUGGAGCAUCUUGGUGGUUCGAUUCCAAAUACCCAGCCUUAGGAUCAAGCACCCUGGGGCCUUGGCAGAUGGCUGUGAAAUACUAAAUAAAAAAUAAUAUACAAAAUAUGACUUUGCAGAAUGCACUAAACCUGAAAUAAUUCUAUUGAUACAGUUGGUACUGUACUGAAUGCUGCUGGACAAAAAACCCAGAAGAAAACAGAAUUGUACGCAAAUAUCUAAGAGAUAUAUCAGUGGAGGAAAGCCUAAGGAAGAGACAGACUACUGUAUUCAGAUUUAAUUUCUAGAACAAUGAUUGUAACUCAAAACAGAAAGUACAGUUUAUUCAUAUUGCAGUGGCUGUUGUUUCAUUUGCGGUUCUGUCCCAAGAGGAGAAAACUGUUAUUUAUGACAACACAAAGACUCGGUGUCCCAUACAAACAGCAACAUACUUACAAUAACACAGAAACUAACUGCAGCUGAAACUUUUCCUGAAUAUGACUUGAAAACACAUUGGAGACAGAAGAAAACAACGAAUGAGUCAAAUGAAAGAUACAUGUACAUGUAUGUACUGUACACAACUAUGUAUAUACACCUUAAAACAAAGUCUCAAUAGAUAUGUUAUGAAACGUAUGAUCAUUCUUGUUAUUUUAGCAGAUUUUAAUCAAGUGUAUGAUCAAAACUUCCCAAGCCUUGAACAAAGACACAUAGCCAAUGCUAACUAGGUAGCUAACAGAUGAAAAAGAAACGUCUUUCAGUUUCAUUUCCAUUCUCCCAACUUUCUCAUCAUAAAAAGAUUUGAACUCUUUUGAACAUAUAUCAUUGUCCCAUCUUAUCUCUCUGCAUGUGAACUAUUUGGUUGUAAUCCUGAAUGUAAUUGUUUAUUAACAUGAAAAUGAAAACAGGAAAUGCUCUUUUAAAAUGGUAUAUUUGAAACAGCUGAUUGUUUAACUGGUACUGGGAUGGCAUAUAUUAUUACCGUGCUGUGCUUGACUGUUUUACCCUAAGAUGUUGUUAUAAUAAAACAUGUUGUAGUUCUUCGGUCUUUGUCGCUGUAUUAAUCUUAGUUCUGUUACUAUCUUCAGUGCAAUUGUAGAAAAUUGUCUCUCUCUCUCUCUCUCUCUUGCUCGCUCUUUAAAUCUAAAAUGCAAAACUACAACUAGGCCUACCGCAGAUUAAUUGUAAAAGGGAAACAGCCUGGUGAUCACCAAUAAAAAUGCAUUUAUUGAAAUCAGA